GGAAGCUACUGAAACACAGGAAGUGCAAGAGCAAAGAGUAAACCCAGAGUUGUCAUUAAUUUGGGGACAGUUACGAAGACAUGAAACCAGCGUUGAGAUCAGAAAAGGAAAAGGGACAAAGACGUAAGAGUAGCAUGGACAAGGUUUUCCUCAUUCUGAUUCUUGCAGGAGGAUUCUGGAAAACUGAAGCUGUAACUGUAGAAGGAGAGCUGGGUGGAGACGUCACGAUUACAUGCUCUCACAUUAAUGCACAUAGUAACGUCAAAUAUUUCUGCAAGGCGCCUUGUAACAAUGAAGACGUCCUAAUAAAGAGCAACGAAAUCAGUAAAGGCAGAUACAGUAUCACAAAUGAAGGAAACACGUUCUACGUGACCAUCUCUCGUCUGACAGAGAGCGACGCAGGAACCUACCAGUGUCGUAUAGAAAGAGUUGGUUGGGACACAUAUGAAGAAGUCAUCCUCAAAGUCGUAAAGGGAAAAACAAAGGACCCUGAAGAUGACUUUUCACAAUCAACUAGAGGUGAAGCAUUUACUACAACUGCAACACGUCCUGCAUCUACUACAACUGCAACACGUCCUGCAUCUACUACAACUGCAAUACCUGCUGUUUCUGGUACGUUGACAUAUCAGAAUAUUUCCCAAUCAACACAACUCACAUCGAGAAAGGACACCACUGACCAUACAAAGCAGAAAACAGACUCAAACAACUCUCAUGCAGGAGAACAGAACACCGGCUCAGACUUCGUGCUGUACGCUACUGUUGGGAGUGUUGCCACGCUCAGUGUGUCACUGCUGCUGGCAACGAGGUUCAGGAAACGCAGAGACGACGUCAGUGCAGAGGAAGGAGAGAUCGACAGUGAGAACGAUGACAUUGCAAAAGAAGUGCGCUCGAUGAUGAGAUUAUCUGAGAAGAACUCUGGUGCUCACCGCCCAAAACAGGAUCCUUCAACUUCUGUGUACACAGAGGUCGAAUACAGCUCACCACCUCAUAUCAGUGAAACCAUCUGCUGCUCCAGAGGUGUUACAGACUCAAGACAUUCAGCUGCAAAUGUCCUCAGCACCUCUUCAGAGAUCUGCAGCAUAUGUAUACCACCCAUGAUAUCAAAAAGAGAAGGCGAUGGCCGUCUCAGAAAACACACAGAGGCCCCUGCAGCACUGAGGAAUGCUCUGAUCAAAGCGACAGACAGCUGUUUGAGCACUGUGUCAGUUGUUUACUACAGAACCUGCAGUGAUUCCACUGAAUCUAAGCCCUGCUCUCUUUGGUUUGGCUUGGAUUUGUCUGAAUAGCCUGAGUUCAUCUCAGAGUUGUGAGUCUUUUGUGUUGUUAUGGAGUUUUUAUGCGGCUGAACUGCAAGACUCACUCUGCUUCUACAAAUGUACAACCACAUGGUCUGUGUGUUGUGUUGAUGGUAUGUAUUUUGGCUUAACACACUGUUUUUGCUCACUGCUUAUUUGGUUGUGUUGUUAUUUUCUGUAUCAUGCUCUUCAUAUGUACGUGAUGCCAUCUGUGCAUGUAAUGAAUUUAUAAAUUACAUAAAAUACAAUAAACUAUAAUUGAGCCUGCA